GUGGCGCGGCUCUCCAAGUAUCCUAUCUGGUCAAAUCCCCUUCUGAGAGACUCUUAUCAAUGAUCCAUUAGUAGCUAUUCUGCCUAUUUGUCCCCGUUGGUCCUUCGUGAUGCGCCGCACUGAGCCUCCUUCUAGCCUCUAAGUAUUGUGGUCGUGCGGGAGUUCCCGCAGUGUUUCGGGGGUACCUGCACUACCCUACAAGUGACUAUCAGUAACUGUGAUAUAUAAAACAGCUUUAAUAGAUCUCUAAGUCCCUCUAUUGUACUGUGUAUAGAUUUUCUCCUCAUUUUAUUACAAAGAAGGCAUUUUAUAAGUCAACCCAGUGUUUCACACAACCCUUUUCGAGCUAUAUUUAUUAUAACGCGCAUACUGUCGUCCUGCGUCCCCAGCUGCAGAUAUAAUCACACAUUCUUUUCAGAGCAUAUUCUAUAUUUAUAGUCUACCUUUUUUUUCUUUUCCCAAUGUGCAUACCUGCUAUCUGCGGCUACCACCCCGCAGAGCCUAAGAUGUCCUUGUGGCGGCGGGGCGCCUCUGCCCUGGAGACUUUGGUCCAGAUUCUUCCGUUUUAUAGAAAAGAUGACGCCGAUAAAGACCAGAUUAUCAAGAACCUCACGGCUGAGAACAUACAUUUGAAACGCCAACUACGGAACAGAAGUAUGGACUUGAUAGACCAAAUCAGUAGCAGGCGACAGUGGCAGAAGCGGGCAUUAGAAGCCGAGAGGUCUUUGACUAGGAAUCCGUUCGUAGUCCUCCUGAUAGAUGGCGACGGCUACAUCUUCGAGAAUAGAUUCGUCAGCGAUCGUGAGGCAGGCGCUAUCAAAGCCGCUCAAGAGCUCUACGCUUUCUUCCGUGAUUCUGUUCGCGAAGUUCAUACCAACGACGAGGGGUUUUCCCUGGAUUUCGAAGUUGCUAUCCGUAUAUAUGUGAACAAGACGGGACUGGCCACCGCGAUGGUUGAAGCUGGCAUCAUCGACAACCCGGAACAAAUGAACAGCUUCUUCGUUAGAUUGACCCAGUCACACCCAUUAAUCGACGUCGUGGAUUGCGGAGGUGGGAAGGAAAGAGCAGACGAGAAGAUUCGAGAGCAGUACAGACAUUAUACUUCCAUUGCCAACUGCAAACAUGUCUCGGUUGCAUGCUGCCACGAUAGUGGAUACGUUCCGUUUCUGGAGAAGUUCCAGAAAUGCGACGAUGGGAAAGAGAAGACAUCACUGUUUGCAACGGGUGUGAAUGUUCAUGCGAGUUUCUCAACGCUCGAAUUUAAGCGCAUAAUCUGCGAAGAUAUCUUUCGCAAAACACCCAACUUCACGAAGACCCAGAGACACUCUGCGACAUAUGCCCAGAUAAUUGGCUCGAAGCCAGCGCUGCCAUCACCUCGGUCACCAAAUGGCUGUUCGCCUGUAUCGUCAUCUGGAACAGAUAUUUCGCGCUAUUCUUCGAGCAGGAGUCCUAUCCGGGUUCAGUCACCAUCAACGCCCACGGUCCCUGUUAAUCGAUAUGGUCAGCGCGUGGACAUCAGUCUUGAUAUGCCAUCAGAGGUGUGUUUUAAUCGGCUUAGAAAGCGCACCAAGAACGGGCAGCUAUGUGCGGAGUUCCAUCUGAAUGGCAAAUGUUCUCAGGGAAAGGGAUGCCAGCUUGACCACAAUCAACUCAAGGCGGGCGUCAAGGAAGCAUUACAAUAUUCACUGCGUGCCACUGCAUGUAAGAGGGGUCUGGGAUGUCGUAAAGCAGACUGCUAUUAUGGGCAUCAUUGCCCUGCUCCCGGCUGUGGUGCGAGGCCCUCUUGCGAGUUCGGAGGAAUGCACGGUAUCGACCAGACCAUUGCCAAACAUGUUCCCGCUGUUUCUUCCUGAUUAGUACUAACUUAAAGACCAUUUAUUUGUUAUCAACUGCACAUAUUGCUUUCAGCGGGUGAAUGAAACAAUCCUCGACUAGAUUUAUCAGCGGAAUCGAUGCUUUUCGUUUCUGAGUAGGAAUAGCGCAAAAACGUAGAGAUGCUUUCCCCGGGUAUUAGUUAGUUUUUCUGUUGCGAGACCAAGGAUAUAUCCCUUUCGCAUGGAUGUAGAUCUGCGUUUGAUGACUGUAAAUGCACCAUUACUGUCUACUGCGUGGUGUUCAACUGGAUAUUUCGAGGCACGCCUUCGGAGAUAUACCCU